CAAGUUGUCCAGCCCAGUACACAGGUUUGACUUUUAUGUUGCUACACGCUUCGCGGGCUGAAGGACUUGAGUGCAUGGCCACUUCAAGCGAAGCGGAACCUCACUCGGAUUCAGAGAGAAAUUGCUGGCAGGAAGUCCAAGCUGAUCGAGCUGACCACAUGGUCUGGGCUUCACAUGAGUCUUCUGACUCAGAGCCUGAUGACAGAUUACUAUUCCCGGAAAAGGUGGUGCACCAGGAACCUCAGCACCUUUUCUGGAACAGCAUUGGAGUCCCCUGUGCUAUUGAUGGUUUGAAGUUUCGGUGCGCAGGAUCAGCCCAUAAAAUCCCCUUCGGCUUGGUUCGGAGACCACCCAAUGACACACAGGUCAACCACUCAUACCUGAAACAACUUGGAAACCCUCCAGCCAGUUGUGGUGAUGGUUUGACUUCAGGAGGCGAAGCAGAUUUGGACGUCUCGCAGAGCGAUGCCUGCGAUGCUGGUGAUCUCGUCACCUCGGGCAGCGAGGCGCCAAGUCGGAAGGCUAAACGAGAACGUUUCCAAGAUUCCUUCCCAGUCUGGAAGAAGAGGCUGCCGAACCAGGUAACACACAGUCGAAGAUUACGUGGAGAAAGCUGGGCUCCCCUUGGAACAGCCAAUGCGAAAGGUUUGGAGAGAACAGUUCUACACACGUUGUGGGACUCGGGCUUUUCGACCGAUGAGGAUGCUGAGACCUGUGCCACUGCAGAGGAAGACGAGGGCAACGAAGAAUACAGCGUUCAGGAAGAGGCACUGCCGAGUCCAAUGAGCGUUUUUCAUUUGUAAAGGUAGAGCAAACAUGUGCAAAGUUUAAUUUUGCACUAUGAUCAGUAUGAUCACUUUUUUAAAUGCCUUAUCAAUAGCAAAGGGAUCCUGGCCAAAUGGAGCAGGAUCCCUUUCUUAUUUGGAACCGGGCGCUGCUUUCCUUGGACCAAACGCCCAAAUGAGCGUUCCAUGCGACAGCUGUUGUGCUGACAAAGCUUGCCAGACCAAAUCCAUGGGG